AUGGCCCAUCUCACCAACCCCCUCGCCACCCCGUCCCAGCUGUCCGGCAAGUUCUCCCUGUCGUCCCUGCCGCAGGACCUCUGGGAGUCCGUCUUCAUCGCCACGCAGUGCCUCACCCAGGCCGCCGGCCAGCUUCUCGACCUGCCCCAGUCCGUGACGGCGCAGGCCAACGUCCUCCUGGCCAGGUACUGGCUGGUCGACUCGCCCAUGGCCCACGAAUUCAGCGACGUGUCCGCUGCGGCAGUCUACCUCGUCGCCAAGCUCGGCCCGCUGCCUCGCUCGCCGCGCGACGUCUCCAACGUCUACUCGUACCUCGUCUCCAGCCGCUCCGUCCUCUUCAGGCCGGGCCACGCGCCGCCCGCCUGCGGCCCCCGGCCGCACUUGGUCUCCGAGCCCGACUACCUCGCCUUCCAGACCCGGCUGCUGGCGCUCGAGGCGCGCAUCCUCUGCUGCCUCGGCUUCAACGCGCACGUGGCGCUCCCCCACGCCCUCGCCGUCACCUACCUCCAGACGCUCGACUUCCUCUCCCAGCCGAGGGCGGCCGUGUCCCGCAGGGCGGUGCAGUACCUCAACGCGGCCCUCUUGUCCCCGCAGCUGCUGUACCUGACGCACCAGCCCAACCUGCUCGCCACGGCGGCCGUCUACAACGCCGCGAGGGACCUCGGCGCCAAGAUGCCCGAGUGCGAGUGGUACGAGGUCUUUGACGGGGACCGCGAGGAGCUGGGCUUCCUGGUUGUCGGCAUGCGGAGCUUGGAGGGCCUGAUGCGGCGGCGCAAGGAGGACGCGCCGCACCUGUUUGACGGCAUGCCCACGAGGAGUUUUGUCGAGGAGGAGAUGAGCAAGAGAGGCUUGCGGGUGGGGGAGAAUGGGGGUGCAAAGGGGAGCCAGGAGGAUGCCGUCAUGAGAAGCAUGGACCAUCGAUCGCUGGGCGCGGACAAGUAA